CUUGCGAUACUUGACCGACGAGGAAAGAAAAAUCGCCAUCGACAAGGUGCAUGGCGGAUCAUGCGACAUGCACGCAGGUGCACAAAGUUUGGAGAAGAUGUUGUUGCGACAAGGGUAUUACUGACCGACGAUGAGAAAGGAUGUGAAGGCACACGUCAACACCUGCCAUCAGUGUCAGGUGCUUGCAAAUGACAUCCACAUAACAGCGGCACCAAUGCAAGGCAACGUAGGCGCCUGGCCGUUUGCCCAAUGGGGCAUGGAUCUUUUGGGUCCUUUCCCGAAGGCACCUGACCAAAUGAAGUACCUAAUAGUGGUCAUCGACUACUUCUCAAAAUGGAUUAAAGCUGAGCCAUUGGCCACCAUCACCGAGGGCCAAGUGCGGAAAUUCACCAGGAAGAACAUAUUCAGCCGAUUUGGUCUACGAGAGCCCAUCGUCACGGACCACGGUAGGGGUGGGCAAAUGGUUUGGUAAACCCAAACCGAACCGAAACCGAAUUAAACCGAACCAAAACCAAAUUAAUGUUGUUCGGAAGAAAAAUAUAAAUAGUUCGGAAAAGAGGGUUCUUUCAACCAAACGAAAUUACUGAAUUUCCGACCGAAAAACCAAAAUACUAUUAUUGCAAGCUCCAAAUGGUGAAUUUUAUGUUUGUAGUUGUUUUUAGACUUAAAUAUUUGAAAUAUUUAUGACUUAUGUGUUGAAAAGUUUGAUUUUAUUAUUGAUGAUGCAUAUAAUUGCAUAUUUAUUGUUUAUAUUAGGGGUGAAAAAUAAUUUAAAAGUGAGAAGAUACAAGUAGCUUCACAAAUUCGGUUUUGUGUGAAAAACCAAACCAAACCAAACCGAAUUAUAAUUUGGUUUAAACCGACCAAACAUAAUUAUAAUUCGGUUCAAAUUCGGUUUGAGGUUUGAGAGAAUUCGGGGACCCGGAUUCAUAAUUUCGGUUCGGUCGAACCGAACCGACUAAAUGCCCACCCCUAGACCAGGGUAAGCAGUUCGAUUGCAAAAGGUUCGUCGAAUUUUGCGACGAGAAUGGGGUGGUGAUGCGAUUCUCCUCAGUAGCAUAUAUUCAAGCAAACGGGCAAGCAGAGGCGGCCAACAAAAGUAUCCCGCAUGGGUUGCACACCAGGCUGACAGGCGCCAAAGGCAGAUGGGUGGAGGAGUUGCUUAGUGUUUUAUGGGCACACUGGACGACAUACAAGACAACCACGAGUGAAACACCAUUUGCCUAACUUACGGUGUAGAGUCGGUCAUUCCAAUCGAGGUCACUGUUCCAAGCUAUCCGGUGGCUCAUCACGACCCCAUCAACAAUGAUAAGGAGCGAGUCGAUGAUUUAGACUUGGUGGCAGCUGUGCGUCUGGAGGCUAUGAAAAAGCAAGUUGCAAGAUACUAUGACAAGAAGAUGAGCUCGCACGCCAUCAUAGCAGGCGCCCAAGUGCUCAAGCAUGACUUCCAACCAGACUCCCAGGAGGGAAAGUUAGCACCAAAAUGGAAGGGUCCAUAUCGUGUUCGCGAAGUUGUGGGCGCCAGCAAGUUUAAGUUGGAACAUCUCGAUGGCAAGGCGGUAAAGAGGACAUGGAAUGCACAAAACUUGCAUCUCUGCCAACCGUGCAUAGGGGCAUCUCCUUGAUUAAUGGGCGAUGUCGAGGUCCAAGAUAGCAGUGGUUAGUUUUUCCAUCUUUUUUGUGGGUCACAAGUGUUGUGUUGAGAAGCGCUUGUAUUGUGUCCAAAGCGUCGUAGCGUGUUAAAAGCGCCAUAUAUAUGUAGCGCCUUGACAAUGUUAAAGCGCUCGUAUUUUCUAAGCGCCCAUCGAUGUUGCUUUAAUGUGUCCAUUUCCAUUCUCCAACCAGCCAAUGUGCCCAACCUCACGCCCUUCAGCUAAAACAAUGUUUAGAUAUUCGGGCCAGUUAAAGCGUCCAACCUAGCGCCCUUCGAACGAAAAAUGGGUAUAAUCAUAAAGCACCCUCCCUAGCACCCUCUGAAAUGAAGAGUCAAGCUAUAU